UAUCCGUACCUCAUAUAAUCAAUGAUAUGGAAUCAUUGAUAAUAAAUAAAGAUACUUCAAUAAUGUCAAUUAACAAUCAUACAAAGUAUUUAGAUUCUUCGUAUGGAGUCAAAAUAAAUAUAAAUUUCUUGGAUGAAAUAAAAUACAAACUACUUGAAAUAUCAAUUGGAUGUGUUAUAUUAAGUAUGAUUGCUCUAUGGGCCCGUUAUACAUAUCCAAAGGGACAAAGUUUUAUGAUAUUUACUGUGGCAUUUAUGUUGUUUGAUUCAGUUAUGGAUGUUUUAUUUAUUGUCAAAAAUGGAAAAGACGUUCCUUCGCUAUACAUACCCAG